AUGCCGGGCGGCCGUGGCGGCGGGCGUGGGGGCAACGCCCAGCCGCCAUGGGGCGCCAUCCAGAGGCAGCUGAAGCAGCUGGCGGAGGCGUGCAAGCAGGCGGGUCGCCCUGCUGGGGCGGCGCGCUAUCCGCGCUCGCAAGAGCGGCAGCCGCCUGCGCAGCGCGAUGGCGCAGCAUGCGAGCCCAGGGGGGCCCGCAAGUUGACCUGGAGCUGCGCAUGCGGGACGGCCGACAACUUCGGCUGGCGUACCACCUGCCACGGAUGCAGCCAGCAGGCGCCGCGGACGGAGCCCUCGGUGCGGGUGCGCCCGUGCACGGCUCCGGCGGGGCCGCCGACGCUGGCGCCCUGGGCAGGGCUCCUGGCCGGAGCCGGCGCGCGCCCUGCGACCGCGGAGACGGCGGGGCCGCCGCCGCAGCCUCCGGCCCCCCAGGCAGCCGCGGCCGAGGCCACUCCGCCGCUGCCAGCGGCGGCCGCCGCCGCACCGGGGGACCUUGCGGGCAUCAAGGCUCACAUCGCCGCUCUCCGCCCCUUUCCCGAGUGGGCGCAGGAGGCGGCGCGGCUCGAGGCCGCGGCGGCCGGGCUGCAGGAGGCGGAGCGCGCCGCCCGCCCUCUCGAGCGCCGCCUGCAGUCCGCCCUGGACUCGCGGCGGAACCGCGCCGAAGCGGCGCGGCGCGCUCAGGAGGCCGCGGCGGCGGCUCGGACCGCGGCCGAGGAGGCUCAGCGUGCCGCCGAGGCGGCGGACACCCGCGCUGCCCACCCCAUCGCCGAGGCGCAGGCCGCGGAGCAGGCGCUGGCGGAGGUGACAGCAGCAGGCGCGGCGGCGCGCCUGGCCGCCGCCGCCGCAGGCGUCGCGGCACUCGAUGGCGCCUUCGCGGCCGUCGCCGCCGCCGCCGCACAGAAGGGGGCAGACGGUCUUGUGGUGCUGCUGGCCUCGGGGCCCGUGGGCCCUGCAGCUGACGGCGGUGCGGCGGAGGGCCUGGGCGCCGCCGUCGACUCCGCGAUGCCCGAAGCCGGUUGCGCAGCCGCGGGGGCGGCAACGGGCGGCGCUCCUGCCGCUGCCGCCGCAGCUCCGGGCGCUGCGCCGCCAGGGAGCCCGGGUGCCGAAGCCGCCGCUGCACCUGGCGCCGUGCCGCCCGGCUGCGGACCCGGCGGCGCUGCCCGCCGUGGAGCCACGCCCAGAUCGUGGCGCCAGGUGGCUUCCGCACACCACGCUGCGCAGGCCAGGCGGCAGGUCACGCUCAGGCGGCUUGCGCUGGCCACACCGGCAGAUGGCGCUGCCAGGCGGCUCGCGCCAGCGGUGGCGACGAGGGCCCCCGAAGGUGUCCGCGCGGGCGAGGCCUCGCACCCAGGGCCGGCCUUCCCCGACGUGUUCAGUGGGAGUGGCCAAUUUGACGCGAUGGAGUGCGAGCUGGUGGGGGUUGCUGGCGCGGCUGCCGCCGAUGCAUGGUGCGUGCAGGAGGCCCGCAUCCCGGCUCGGCAGGCGUCGUCCACCUCAGCGGAUGCGUGGGCGCGCGGCCUGCGGCUCCAGGUGGAGCCCGAGUACGGCGCUGAGCACUUGCUGGCGGUUGCUCACCGGCCAGGCCUUUGCGGGGUCCGAGCGGCGCCGCCCCUGGGCGUGUCGGGCAGGCACCCUGGGCACCUCCAGCACAUGGUGCUCCACUUCGGACAGGCCCGCGCCGUUCACUUCAUGAACUGCUACGGCUCGGGCGGAAGGUGCGAUGAGGAGCGCAACGCCGACCUGAUCCUCGAAGGUCUGCAGUGGUUGCGUGGCCUCGGCGCGGUACCAGCCUUCCUCGUGGGGGAUCUGAACUGCAACCUCGAGGCCGUGGGCCUCGCGGGGGUGAUGGCCAUGGCUGGAUGGCGUGACCUGCUGGCCGCUGCAAGGCCCACCUGCAUGCCUACCCACGGCACCCCCUCCCGCCUCGACUGCAUCGUGGCCAACGCUGAGGCAAUGGGCAUGGUCGAACGAAUCAGUAACCGAUGGGACCUCGGGCUGGCCAUGCACGCGGCGCUGCUGGUGACCUUCCGGGCCAGCCCGCUCGAGCAGGCGUGGAUCCGGGAGCCGGUCCCAGCCCUCGAUGGCGUUGCCGCCGAGCUGGCACUCAGGGUGCAGGACUUGGGUGCGGCGUGGGCCGUGCUCAGCACGACGAUGCGGACGUGGCUGGCGGCGCGCCAGGGGCGGCUCACGGUGCCCGAACGGCCGCAGGCGGCUGCUGUGCUGCGCGCGGAGCGGGCUCCGGCGACCAGAGGCGGCGGCGAGGCGGCAGAUGCUGCCGCAGACGCGGCAUUGCUGAGGCUACGGCGCCUGCGCGGGCUGCGCCACGCGUCGGCCCGCGGCAGCGUCGCAUCGCGGGGCGUGGCAAUGGGGGCGCUCGCGGCGCUGCGGGCCGCGGACGCGGGCGAUGCCUUCUGGGAGCCACAGUUGGCGGCGGUGCAGCUGGGCGCCGAGCUCCCGGAAGCCCUGGUGCAGCUCGCGGGGGCUGACUGGGCGACCGCACGCGCAGCGGCGCGCCAGCGCAGGCAGAAUGAGUGGCACCGGUGGGUCAGUGAAUCCUUGGCGAACGCGCAGGGCCGCCUCUACAGGUGGAUCCGCGGCGGUGGCACGCUGGGCGCGGAGCUCGUGCCGGAUCCCGCGACCCAGGCAGCGGCGCCGCACUCCGCGCCCGGGCGGCGAGCUUGGCUGCUGGCUCUGUGCGGCGGGCCUGCCACCAAGCUACGGCAGCCGUGGACAGCGGAUGACAUCAGCUGGCUGCUCCGCCAAUGCCGGCCUAAGCGGAAAAAGCCCGGCCUCGACGGCUGGACGGUGGCAGAAUUGCGCCUCCUGCCUGAGAAGUUUUUGGGUUGGAUGGCGGAAUUCUUCGAGGCGGUGGAGGCCGUCGGCGAGUG